AUGAAACCAACAGUUCCUCUUUAAACAUAGUUGGGAGAUAGUUUCCCCACGAUUUCUAGUUCAGAGAACGGUAAAUUGAGCUUUUUUAACUGAAAAAAUUGGUCAUAACGCACAGAUUUUGGAGUAACUGUUCACCACACGCGAGUGUACGGAGCUUACUCGUGAACGCAGCAUUCAACUUGCAAGGCGCAAAGUGAAAUCCGUAUCGUAAGUUAUAUCAUGCAGUAGUAUCAUACUACAUUCCGUGAGAGGAGCGGUUUAAAAGGGAUGAAAUUUGAAGUACGGAUGGAAGGGGUGAUGGGCCACCUACACAUCAGGAAAACGAAACUUUUAAGGUUUCUGAUUUUGUGCCUGACGUUCGUCGUCUUAAUAUCUGAAACAAACGCAGGCGGUAAGAAGUACAACGGACCUUGCGGUGGAAGAGACUGCAGUGGAGGCUGCAAAUGCUAUCCUGAGAAAGGAGGCAGGGGCCAGCCUGGGCCUCUCGGUCCUCAGGGGCCCAAGGGGCCGACCGGGCGUGACGGGGACCCCGGCCUGCAGGGGCCCAAAGGAGAGAGUGGGGACAAAGGACGCACAGGCUACAUGGGCCCUAAAGGAUCGGUGGGAAUGACAGGAAUUCCAGGUUUCUCAGGAGGCAAUGGCAUUCCAGGCCACCCAGGACAAGGAGGUCCGCGGGGCAAACCCGGGGCAGAUGGCUGCAACGGGACCAGGGGCGACGCAGGGUUCCCCGGGAUCUCAGGCCCUUCUGGCAGACCAGGAUACAAUGGUCAUCCAGGUCGGAAAGGAGAGAAAGGAGAUGAUUUGGACCUGCACAUCUUCAUGAGGAGAUUCCAGGGAGAGGCAGGCCUUCCAGGUGGUCCCGGAUAUCCCGGAAACAUUGGUAACCCAGGUUGGAGAGGACCCAGUGGAAUGAUCGGGCCACAGGGGCCACCUGGUUUACCUGGACCCAAAGGCGAAAAGGGCACAAUGACCCAAGUGAUCAAGGGGGAGAAAGGAGACUCGGGUGACACUGGUGAGCCAGGGCCUCCAGGAAACAUCACUUAUCCCCACACCGGCGUGAAAUCUCCACUGGACUUCAGAGGAGUCAAAGGAGAACAGGGAGACUAUGCUGACAACAAAGGAGAAGACGGCAUUAUGGGGAUGCCAGGACAACGGGGGUUGCCUGGUUUGAAUGGACAAAAAGGACAAUUGGGUGACUCCGGAUAUCCAGGAACUCCCGGAAGACCAGGGCUGAAGGGUGUGAGAGGAGAUGCUGGCCCGCUCAUCUACAAUGACUUCAGACCGCCAGGAGUUGGACCGAUUGGCCCGGAGGGAGAUCUUGGGCCCCAGGGAGAGACUGGACCGGUAGGGGAGAAAGGCUUGCCUGGGAUCCCCGGACAUCCAGCCUUUGAACAACAAGGAUUGGACUUAUUUGGCCCGUUUGGUGACAAGGGCUUCAGAGGCCAAAAGGGUUCCGAGGGGGAGGCAGGAACCCCCGCCACCCGGGCGGGACCCCCUGGACUCCACGGCCUCGAUGGCGACCCGGGAUUCGAUGGACCUCAAGGAUCAUGGGGAGAGCAUCUUAAAGGAGCACCAGGCCCGGGCGGAAGACCAGGCUCAGCUGGACGGAGAGGAGAGACAGGAGAGCAUGGUGACUGCGAGUGUGACUCUGUGAACUCCCCUGCCGGCUCCCCCGGUCCUGCCGGUAGCAUCGGGAGCUACGGCAUGCAGGGAGAGUUCGGCCAGCAGGGAGACCAAGGGGACUCAGGGCGGCCUGGUUCACCUGGCAUGCCUGGUUUUCCAGGUCGUGAUGGCAUACCUGGACCCAAGGGAAGGAAAGGAGAAACCACAGUUGCGACUCAGAAAGGAUUGCCAGGGGACGCAGGAGACCCAGGACGAUCAGGAACCCCUGGACCACAGGGCAUCAACGGCAUCAACGGGCUCCCCGGUUCUCCUGGACUCCACGGCCUUCAAGGCGAGUCCGUAGUGGGUGAUUCUGGAGAUCCAGGCUACAGCGGCCGACCAGGAAUACGUGGUCUCUCCGGCCUACAGGGAGAGCCCGGUCGGGCGUUAAGCACAACCAAAGGCCAGAAGGGUUUGCCUGGCGACGCCGGAAUCCGAGGUCACGGUGGAAUGCCCGGUCCCGCCGGAACGCCAGGAGGCUGUAUUCAAGUUGGAGAACGAGGACUGGUGUAUAAAGAAGGGGAAUGCGAUGUCGAGCCGGGACCUCCCGGUGAGCCGGGACUCCACGGUCUUCCUGGAAUGGACGGUAUGCCAGGGUUUCCAGGGCUCAAAGGUUUCGCAGGGCUGUCCGGCGAGUCUGGGCUCAAAGGAGAGCGCGGAGAUCCUGGCCACGGUGGACUUCCCGGGCCGAGCGGCUUCACCGGUAUACGCGGUGACCUGGGUACACCUGGUUACAAAGGACCCCCCGGAGGCGCUGGGCGGCCCGGCCUCGAUGGCCGCAACGGUGAACCAGGUGCGAAGGGAGCCCACGGCGAUGUGUUAGACGCCUCCACUGGAGCCCCUGGUGAGCCUGGACCGGCUGGGCAUAUGGGAGAGGUUGGAUUACAAGGGCCGUCAGGCACCCGGGGAUACCAAGGAAUGACUGGGAUGCCUGGCAUGAUCGGCUUCAAGGGUGACCUUGGGCCUUAUGGCGCUGAGGGAGAAAUAGGUCGCCCCGGGCCGGCAGGAAAGAUCGGGUAUCCUGGACAGCCUGGGACCGCCGGUAUUCCAGGACCUCCCGGAUCCGUCGGACUGCCAGGCUUUCCUGGAGAUCGGGGAAGUGACGGUGACCCUGGAGUCCCAGGGCCCUUCGGCAUGAAGGGGUUUCCUGGUGUUCCUGGCAGUGACGGGAACCCUGGAAGUACAGGGUUACUGGGGGAUCCCGGAAAUCCAGGCGAACCGGGACAUAUUGGUGUCGUUGGUUUGAAAGGUUACCGAGGUUCUCCAGGUAUGGCAGGCUUCAGUGGCAUGCCAGGGGUGAGCGGACAUAAGGGAUAUUCUGGUUUUCCUGGAGAGCCUGGGCUUUAUGGAGAAUUCGGCCUCAAGGGUUUCAGGGGCAGACCUGGUCUAAAGGGGGAGAGAGGUUUGCCCGGCAAACCGGGAGAGUUCCGCAUGGACGACGUGGUGAAGAAGGCGAUGAAGGAGAUGAAGGGGGCCAAGGGGGACCUAGGCACAUCAGGGCCGCACGGCUUCCCCGGACCCAGAGGGCCAAAAGGCCUCCCAGGCUUUCCAGGUUCCUCGGGUCAUGAUGGCUUCCCAGGAGAGCCCAGCGAUAGCAAGGGUGACGUGGGAGAUCCGGGAAAUCCGGGGUGGCCCGGCCAGAAGGGGAUGCCAGGUCCCACCGGACCGCAAGGAAUCGGAGGAUUCCCUGGAAUGCCGGGCUACAGGGGGGAGAAAGGUGGAACCGGUGCCUAUGGGCGAUCAGGAGAAUCCGGAUUAAAGGGUUUCAAAGGUGACCUGGGUCCUACAGUGGAUCUCCCUGGAGCUACUGGGCGUCGCGGUGAGCCAGGGUUGCCAGGUUACUCAGGUGGACCGGGCCAGUUUGGUGUAACUGGGGACAGAGGCAACCCUGGCCUCUCUGGUAUCGAGGGCAUGAAAGGAGGACCAGGUGACUUCGGCUUUGUUGGAAUCAGAGGGUCUGACGGACGGCAAGGAACGCCUGGCCAGCAGGGCCAGAAGGGCUGGCCUGGAGUCCCCGGUGGCCACGGAACCAAAGGAGCUGAAGGACAUUCUGGGCAACCAGGCUUCCCCGGUCAGACAGGAAUCGGUGGACUUGAUGGGCUGAAAGGAAACAAGGGAUUGCCCGGCAUGCCAGGUGUUGACACAGUGGGACCACCAGGCCACCCUGGCGUUAAAGGCCAGAAAGGAGAAGCUGGCGUCCCCAGCACUCUAGCCGGUGAACAGGGAGGAUAUGGCCCCAAAGGAUAUUCAGGGGAUGCAGGUGAUCAAGGACGGCCUGGCCCUCAAGGUCCACAGGGUCCCCCUGGGUUCGGAGGAACCUCAGACAGACCUGGGCGCCCUGGAGAUGCUGGUUUUCCCGGACAGAAAGGACUCCCAGGUUUCCCUGGACCCAGAGGCACGCCAGGCAUCCCCUCGACGCUUGGGGACAAGGGAGAGAGGGGCAUAGGCGGCUUGUUUGGCCUGACUGGUCUAAGGGGUCUCCAGGGUGACAAGGGGCAGGAAGGGUUCCCUGGACCAAACGGAAUCUCAGGACAGAAAGGGUUCAAGGGAGACACAGGCAUGAUGGGACCUCCUGGCAAGACAGGCUUCAAAGGAGACCGCGGCCCCACUGGUCCCAAGGGCCAGACUGGACAACCAGGUCUCCCGGGAGUCACAGGGUCCAAGGGACGUCCUCCGAUCCCAGUCAAAGUCCCCGCGGAGAGAGGUCCACCAGGGCCCCCUGGAGAAUGGGGACCCGGAGGCACGAAAGGAGCACCUGGUUACCCAGGACCAUAUGGAGACCCAGGCUUUGUGGGGCAUAAAGGAGACAAAGGAAUGCCAGGUGUCAGUGGACAGUCGGGCACGCCUGGUUUCCGUGGAGAGCCAGGAUAUCAGGGAUACCCCGGUAUUCAAGGCCUGGAAGGUUCUCGGGGCCUCCCUGGCGUCCCUGGUCGCGGUGGCAUGCCUGGGCGUAGCGUAAGUGUGGGCUACCUGCUGGUCAAGCACAGCCAGACCGACCAGACACCCAUGUGUCCAGUGGGCAUGUCCAAACUGUGGGACGGAUACAGCCUGCUCUACUUCGAGGGCCAGGAGAAAGCCCACAACCAAGACCUAGGUCUGGCGGGCUCUUGCGUCCCACGCUUCAGCACCAUGCCGUUCCUCUACUGCAACCCCAACGACCUGUGCCGCUACGCCGACCGCAACGACAAGUCCUUCUGGCUGUCCACCACGGCGCCCAUCCCCAUGAUGCCCGUGGAGGGCGAGGAGAUCAAGCCGUACAUCAGCCGCUGCUCGGUGUGCGAGGCGCCCUCCGUGGCCAUCGCCGUCCACAGCCAGGACGUCACCAUACCGCAGUGCCCUGUGGGCUGGCGCAGUCUGUGGAUUGGAUACUCCUUCCUCAUGCACUCUGGCGCGGGCAAGCAGGGCGGCGGGCAGCUGCUGGUGUCGCCAGGGUCUUGCCUGGAGGACUUCCGCAGCACGCCCUUCAUCGAGUGCAACGGCGCCAAGGGAACGUGCCACUACUUCGCCAACAAGUACAGCUUCUGGCUGGCGUCCAUGGAGCAGAACUUCAACAGCUCGCCGGGCAGCGAGACGCUCAAGGCCGGGCAGCUACUCUCGCGCAUCGGCCGCUGCCAGGUGUGCAUGAAGAACCUGUGAGCCUGUCUCGGCUCCAGUGGCGCUCUCAGAGCUAGCGUCCGGUUCUCACCGUCCCCUCUAAAGCAUAACACACACACACACAGACACAACCACACACACACACACACACACAGACACACACACACACACACACACACACACACACAUUAUGCUUGUGCUUAAUGUACCACAAUCCCUACGUCCCACACCAAUUGCCCUCGAAGAACUUAUGCAAGUGUAUCAACCACUUUCCCACAAGCCUGGCAGAGCACGCCACCCCAUGAGAAACAUAUAUGUAAAAAAAAUCACUUUUUGUACUUUCUUAUUAUAUUGAAAAUGGUGCUUCCUGUCUAACUUAUUACCUCGGCUAUGUAUUGAACAGAUCAUUUUUUUAGGUAACAACAUCAAAAUACAGCUGAACCAAAGAUGCCCCCAUGUAUGCACUGCUUUUCAUGUUUGUUUUUUACUUCUCAAGGAUUGUUUUCACAUUCCUGUUUCUGUGCCUUCAUUUCUAACUCUGAAUCUCUGCCAUGUCAAGUGAAAUGUCAACCGAUGGAAUGACCUUUGAAAUGGCCAGCUUGGUUAAGUGAGGGCUAUGAGCAGAAAUUAGUUAAAACUGAGUUACAGCUAUAGAAUAGUGGAGUACGGUAAGUAGAAGUUGGAGCAAGUGACGCUCCAACUUCCGCUUAGACGAAAAACAAAUAUUCUGUGUAGGCUGCGCUGUGUAGGAGUAUUUUCAGAUCUGUUUGGUCCGCUCAGUUCUCAAGUUUUCAUAGAAGCUUUCAUAGAAUCAAUAGAAAAAGUCCAGCAGACCGAAUUUCUCAACCUCAAAUUUUGUAGGCGGGUUUAAAUUCAGGCUGGCUCCCACCCGAGGAGGGAGGGUUUAUUUGAAAUUUCUUGGUUUGAAAUGUCUUAGUUUCUUGCUCUAUGAAUGAAAAAGAAUGAAAAUAUAUACGUGAGCACUGGGAUAUCACUUCAAGACAUGUGCACUUAUACACUGUCUCUUCGGUCUGUGUUAUGUGUAUUACUAAUCCAUUCUUAGUUCCACUAAAUCCACUACGUACUCAGAACCGGAAAUUAUAUAGUGCUAAUCCGCAGCUCCUGCAUUGCUUCAAUCGUUGCAUAUGAAUAAAAGUGUGAAUUUUAUCGUUUUUUAAGUGUAAUCUACAAGACAGUAGAUCUGAACAUGUAUAGGCCAUUGACAGUUUCAUGAUAUAUAUAUAUACACAAAUUGCACUGAUUUUCUUCUCAGUUAUUUUUUGAGUUCACACCCAGAAUAUGUGUCUGGUGUGGCUUCAGCAGGUAGGCCCAAAGGAUAUCUUUGACCAGUGACAUGUUUUCUAUGUCUGAUAAAAAAAAAUGUUGGCUUUCUCCACUUUUUCUAAGAUAUCAAUACAUACAGUAAUGUUUAAGGAAAUGCUUUCUUGAAAGCCUCGCUGCAAACUGUACACUCCAUAGUGCGGUGUGUCCUGAGGACCCCACUGCAGAGGAUGGCGUAUACGAGGUCUUGAUAACGGGGUGCGCAUGAGGUGAUUCAAACCAAGAAAAUAAGACACUGCACCCUAAAAUCACUGUGCUUCUCAAGACAACCACGAGCAGCCAUCAUCUCUUGCACUGACAACCGUCUGCUGGGUUCGGUGUAGAGUCGGCAGGUAUUUUGCUCAACGGUCUCAUCAAGGAGUCAACACAAUUAGUCGUGUGCUUUGAUCAGGUUAAAUGAAAAGUGCCCAUAAGAAUGAUGCCAUCAAUUUCAAUGUUCCUUUCUUUGUUUCUCUAUGUAAAUUUCAAUUUGUUUUAAUGGCACAUAUCUCUUAGCUUUUCCUGUGGCUGUUGUAAUGUAAUUAUGUUGGAUAUAUUUGGAGUGCUACCUUAUGAAUAUGUCAAAAUGUUAGUGUACUUGAAUAACAGCAAAAUACAUGCUUUUGUUUGUUAGGCUCUGUGUCCCUGUGGCUUUCUUCAGCUCGCUGGUUGGGGGCUGAGCUUCAUUGAGCAAGGUUAACUUAAUACGAUAUGCAAUAAAGGUGAUGUAAAUAGA